GGAAGAAAUAACUUUUUAGCUAACUUCCUCCUGUAGAAGUAAGUGUGCCGAGAAGAUUCUUUCCAGACACCAGAGUGAGCCAUGGUGCGAAGAGUGGCAAUUGUUGGAGCAGGUGUGAGUGGACUGGCCUCCAUCAAAUGCUGCCUGGAUGAAGGGCUGGAGCCAACCUGCUUUGAGAAGAGCGAUGGCAUCGGAGGACUGUGGCAAUUCACAGUAAGUGGCAUAAACUCAAUUUAGAGCUUUAAAGAAAGUGAUGGCAUUCUGCUGCUGGAAUGCAUGCCCAAAGCCAGGCAAGAGACAGUGGCCUUGCUUCAAAGUGGGUACAGGUGUGCAUCACUAGUGUGGUAAACCUGCUGUGGAAGCAUGUUUCCACAUUUUGUUUUGACUUUUCAUACUCUCCACCUGUGUAGAAUGACCAUGUGGAGAAACUGAACUGCACGCACAGUUCCCACCUUUCAUUUACAUGCAUUCAUCUGAAGGUCAGAACAGAGAGUGCUGGUAAGUUACUUUCCACGCAGCUGGGAACUCUGUAAAAGAAUAGUUGUACUUGCGUAAGUUCUAUUGACACCCUGAAUGUAUAAAUUAGGGGCAAGAGCAGUCUGAAUAACCCUGCUUCCUCCCCCACCCAAGCUUCAUUCAGCUAUACAUUUUGAAUGCAUGAAAAUGCAUGUACAAUCUUUUGCUCUCCACCAGAAUCAGAGGAAUCCUGUUUUGUGCGUCCUUUCAGCAGACACUGGCUUUGCAAAGUCCUAACAAGUUGAAAUAGAGGUUAUAUUUUCUGAGAAUCCUCUGGAAAAACAAUCUCUCAAAGGACCUGUUGAUGGCAUUUUACCAUUGCACUGUGGAGAGCGUGUUAACUUAUGGUCUGUGUGUGUGGUUUGGGAGUUGCAGGGUCAGGGAAAAACCAAUGCUAUCCAGGGUUGUAAAGACUGCAGAGAGAAUAAUUGGGUGCACUCUUCCCACCUUAGAUCAAAUCUAUGCUGCCAGGUGCCAUAAGAAAGUGGCAGAGAUAGCGCAGGACAGUACGCACCCCGGAAAUGAUCUCUUUCAGCUUCUGCCUUCUGGAAGACGGUAUAGGGUUACAAAGGCCAGGACUAGCCACCUGAGAAACAGUUUCUACGCAAAUGCAAUUCUGGUUCUAAAUGCAGCAUAAGGGGUCUCUAUAGUAUAAAGGUAAAGGGUAAAGGGACCCCUGACCAUUAGGUCCAGUCGUGGCCGACUCUGGGGUUGCGGCACUCAUCUCGCUUUAUUGGCCAAGGGAGCCGGCGUACAGCUUCCGGGUCCUGUGGCCAGCAUGACUAAGAUGCUUCUGGCGAACCAGAGCAGCACACGGAAACGCCGUUUACCUUCCCGCCGGAGUGGUACCUAUUUAUCUACUUGCACCCUGACGUGCUUUCGAAUUGCUAGGUUGGCAGGAGCAGGGACCGAACAACAGGAGCUCACCCCGUCACGGGGAUUCGAACUGCCGACCUUCUGAUCGGCAAGUCCUAGGCUCUGUGGUUUAACCCGCAGUGCCACCCGCGUCCCUCUCUAUAGUAUAGUGUAUUUUAAAAUGGGGUUUCAGAGUUUUUAGGGUUUUUUGAAUGUUUUAUGUAGUUUUUCAAUUUCAUUGUUCUGCAUGGGACAAUGACAAUAAAGAUAUUGUAUCCUAUCGUAUUGUAUCGUAAUCUGGUGGCAUCACUGACCCACCUUAUAGCCAAGGAUUGCUAACAGAAAGUUAUCAACACCCUGUCAAAACUCUCACCCACAGAAGGUGGUGUGUUUUUUUUUUGGUUGAUACUAAGAGCCUAGGAAGCUGCUUUAUACAAAGUGAGAACCUUAGUCCAUCUAUCUCACUAUUUUCUGCAGUGAUUGGCAGCAGUUCUCAGAUGUCAGGCCUUCUGUAGGCAAAGCAGAUGGCCACUAUUCUCUGACCCUUCCCCUUGUAAAGUUAGUGUUGAAACCAGUGUAAUUUCGCAGUGUAAAUGAUUUACUCUGGCAUCUUACUUACUGUGUAACUGCUACUGCCACACAGGAAACGCCUCAAAAGGGAAGAAUUGGUGUUUAUAGAUCGGUUAUGACCAACACCUCCAAGGAAAUGACCUGCUUCAGUGAUUUUCCGUUCCCCGAGGACUGCCCCAACUACCUGCGCCACUCUGCGCUCCUGGAGUACCUCAGGGCGUAUGCCAAGCAUUUCUGCCUUCUUGACUACAUUCGCUUCCAGGUGAGGGGGAAACUAACAGGCAGAUACUUUGCAAGGAACAGGGCCAGAGAGUGCUCCAUCUGUUCUAAGGCUCUCCUCCUGCGUUGCAGGGGGUUGGACUAGAUGACCCGCAGGGCCCCUUCCUUUUCUUUUUUUAAUUUAAAUUGCUUUAUUCAUUUUACAAAUAAAAAAAAAUCCAUAACCAAAACAAAUAUAAAUAAUGGAAAAUAAAAAUAUAAGCUCCACAAAAAAAUGACAAAGAAGGAAAGGAAAAAAAGAGAAAAGAGAAAAAAAGAAAAGAAAUAAAGAAAAAACACAAACAACAAAUAUUUUUCCAUUACACAAAAUCAUUCCUGGACUACAAACCAUAUUUUAUAUAAUCUAUACAGAAAGUUCCUGGACAGAAUUUGCCUUCAUAUUUCUACACUUCACAUUUUUUCCUGUUCCUCUAUUGUGUUCCUUAUUUGCUUUCUUUUGACUUCCCUCUAGCUCUUUGCGGUUUUUAUACUGCACUUACUUUUAAGUAAUCUGUAUUUAAUUAGUGAACAGAACUUUUAUCUGUGAAUUUAAUCAAGGGACAACCAAGUUUUUUGACCUUAUCUCCCAAGUGGUUUCUUAUUAAGUCUGUCAUCUUGGCCAGUUCCACAGCUUCAUUUGCCCUUCGUUUUUAGUUGAUAUUGACUCAUUUUUCCAAUAUUUAGCUAUUAAUAUUCUGGCCACUGUUGUUGCAUAAAGAAACACUCUUUUAUUUUCUUUUGGAAUGUUUACCGUUAAAAUGCCUAAUAAAAAUGGUUCCGGUUUCUUUAGAAAUGUGCAUUUUAGCAUUUUUUUUUUAGUUCUUCAUAUAUCAUGUCCCAAAAUUGUUUUAUUUGAGGACAAGUUCACCACAGGUGGAAGAAGGUUCCUAUAUUUUGUUUACACUUCCAACACUUGUUAUUAUUUUUAUUGAUUUUAGCUAAUUUGGAUGGGGUCAGGUACCAUCUGUAGGUCACUUUCAUAAAGUUCUCUUUAAUCAGAUCGCACGCUGUAAAUUUUAAAUCUUUUUGCCAUAAUUCUGCCCAUUUUUCUAUUUCAGUUGGGUAGCCAAAAUAUUGAGCCCAUUUCACCAUCACUUCCUUUACUUCUUCAUCUUUCAGAUUCCAAUCUAAUAAUAGUCUAUAUGUUUUUGAUAGUGUCUUUAUAUUAUUUAAUAUUAAUUCUGUUUCUAGAUCUGUUAUCUUUGUAUCCAAUCCGUUUAUUUUUUAAUCAGAUUUAAUUAUUUCAUUUAGGUGGUAAAAGUUUUAAUCGGUUAUUUUCUUCUUCUAUUAUUUCUUUAUAGAGAGGCCAAUUAGUUUCCAUAUUUUUCUUUUUCACUGCGAUUGCCUCUAACAGAGACAACCACCAAUGGGUUUUUGGUUCUAAUAGUUUAUUUCUUUCCCAUACUGUAAAAAGCGAUCUCCUUAUUAUAUGGUUAAGGAGUCCUCUAUGCAUUUUGACUUUAUCGUAUCCUAAAUAACCAUGCCAGCCGUACCUAUUGUCCCAGUUUUCAAUGUCUAGUAUAUUGGCAGUUUUUAAUAUUAUCCAUACUUAGAGCCAUACUAGACAUGCAGCCACGUAAUAUAAUUUAAGGUCUGGCAGAGUGAACCCUCCUCUAUCUUUUACUUCCGUUAACAAUUUAAACUUUUAAUCCUCAGCUUUUUACCCUGCCAGAUAAAUCUUGCCAGAUCUUUCUGCCAAUCUUUCAAACAAUUUAACCCAUUUAUUAUUGAUAUUGUUUGAAAGAGGUACAACAUUUUCGGCAUCAUGGUCAUCUUAAUUGUGGCUAUUCUUCCCCAUAAGGACAAAUUUAGCCUCCCCCAAAUUUCUAAUUCUUUUUUUAUUUCCUUCCAUGAUUUGGUAUAAUUAUUGUUGUAUAAGUUUAUAUUAUUUGCUGUAAUCCAGAUUCCUAGAUAUUUUGCUUUGUUUGCUAUUUUGCACCCUGUCGUCUUUUCUAACUCUAGUCUUUCUUGUUCUGCCAUGUUUUUCACUAAUAAUUUGGUUUUAUCUUUGUUUAAUUUAAAACCUGAGACCUGACCAAAUUUGUUUAAUUUUACCAAUGCUUCUAUUAUACUUUCUGCUGGGUUUUCUGUCAUUAUGAUUAAAUCAUCAGCAAAAGCUUUUAAUUUGUAAGAUCUGCUGCCCAACCUACCGUAAUUCCUUUUAUUUUUGACUCCUCUGUAGUUGCUUUUAAUAAUGUUUCCAGUAUUGUAAUAAAUAGAAGCGGUGAUAGCGGACAUCCUUGCCUGGUGCCUUUAGAAAUAAUAAAGAUUUCGGAUAACUCAUUAUUUAUUAUGAUUUUAGCUUUUUGGUUUCUAUAUAUCGCAUUUAACCCUUCCAACUCUACAGUUCUAAUCUUGAUUCUGUGCUUACAUAAAACAGAUUGUUUUUGCACCCUGUUUUCUUUUUAAAUUUUCUUUUAAAUUUUCUCAUUUUACAAGAAUUAUCACAUAGAUAGAAUUGCACAACAAAUAUAGAACUUUAAAUCAUUGACUGCUCCCUCCCUCCUUCCUUCAUAUGUAAUUAUCUCUUAGUGAUUUAAUGCCAUGCAAGCUCUCACAACACCACAGUUCAAGAGGAAAACCACUUUGACCCGUGCUUUCUAGGCACAGAACAGGCAAAAGUGUGGACAAGCCUAGCGAGCAUCAUUUGAGUUGCUUUAUUCUGUUGUGUGUUGUUGUUGUUUUGCUUUUACAAGACCACUGUAUGCAGCAUCAGAAAACACCCCCACUUCACAGCCACUGGACAAUGGGUGGUUGACACUGAGACUAAUGGGGAGCAGACAUCAGAAAUCUUUGAUGGCGUAAUGGUUUGCAGUGGCCACUAUGCAGAGAUCAAUCUUCCACUGGAUUCUUUCCCAGGUGCGUUUUGAAUGCAUUACCUGAAACAGCACAUAAGCUAGCAUGAUUGUGUUCCCUCUCUCCUCAGGCAAAAGAGAUGUGUACUAAAAUCUCAGAAUAUCUGGUACCUUCAGUCAAAGGAAUUAACCGUGCCAUGAAAUCACUGAUAGACAAGAGUUGCCAUGUCUGAUUGGUACCAGUGGUUGGCUUGUCAUCAGGCAGUGGAAUUUGAAGGCCAUGAAGGGUGGCAGAACAGAAGGCACACCGGACCCACAGGGUACAAUCCACAGGGAAGUUCUCCCAUACAAGCCCUAAUGAAAUAAUCACAAACAGCUGGUCAUUACAGUUGCAAGGAGAAAGUUGCGUUUGAAUUAAGACUCCCCUUUACAUUUGAGAAGAAUUGAUGUUUUUGCUGGUAAAUUUGAAAAUGUUUCUAUUGUUUCCAACAGUCUCUGAAAAACUCACAAACAGGGUAUGAGCUUAAGGGAUUUCCUAACCCUUUUUUUAUCCCCAGCAUGCAGUAGUCUGAGAUAUACUGCAUCUGAACAUGAAGGUUCCAUUUAGCUUUUAUGGACGAUAGCUAUUGACAGACCGUGGAUUGGUUUUUUUUAAUCCUCUGUGAGAACUUGAGAGUCUCCUUGUUCCAUCAGCCCAAGAAUCUGGAUAGUUGAAUUCAGAUGGUACUCAGAGGUAUUUUGCCUUGGAGUUUCCCCUUAGCCUUUGAUACAUGGAUAUAAUAAGAUGGCAGUAUACAGCCGGCACUGUGCAGAGCAGCAGCUAAGGAGAAGGGGGGGGGGACCUAUUAUCCAGUGGGAAAUCUCUUGCUAUAUAAGGGUAUAAAAUCAUUUCCUUCUUUCCCCCCUCAGGGAUUGAAAACUUCAAAGGUCGCUACUUCCAUAGCUGGGAAUACAGAGAUCAAAAAGGGUUUGAAGGGCAAAAAGUCCUUGUAGUUGGUGCUGGCAACACUGGAGGGGACCUUGCGGUGGACAUCAGCCGCACAGCUGCAAAGGUACCGCCAUCCUUUAUGGACAAAUAAGUGCUGAGCUUAUUUCAGUCUUGAGUGGGAGAUAAAUCACAUCAUCACCCUGGAGCAAUAACAAGAAUAGCAUAUUUAUAGAGUGCUUUCAAGUCUAGCCCUUACAACAGCCCUUUUAAGGUGGUUUUUAAUUAUUUUUACCAAUAAUUUUGUUGUUUUUGUGUUUUUGUAAACUGCUUUGAGGGUGGUGGUGGUGGUAGUUGUUUUUACAAUCAAGUGCUGUAGAAAUUUUAUGGGGGGGGCACUAACUAACAGCCUUGUAAGGUAGAUCAUUAUUAUUAUUAUUCCCAUGUUACAAAUGGGAAUAGGUGUGUUGAGGUUGAAAGAAGCAGCUUGCUGAAGUCUACUUAGUGGGUUCGUGGUAAAGGCAAGAUUUUAACUAGGGACUCCUUGAUUCAUGACGGUUCCCAUCUCUUAGCCACUGUGCUUCACAGCCAACCGUGGUGUGCGUUGUCCGGAAUGUGCAUAUACUUCAAAUUUUAGUCAUCACUACCACUCGGGGCCAAGGCUUGUUAUGAUUAUGGCAAAUUCAGCCCUUUCCCAUUGAGAAAUAUUUGUCCCAUCCUGUCCCCACCCAGAAACUGCAUUGGGAAGGAAGCCUGCAUUGGUGCCAGUGGAAGCUUCUCAGCUGAUAAGAUGCAGGUGGCGCUGUAGUCUAAAUCGCCAAGCCUCUUGAGCUUGCCAGUUCAGAUCUGUGUGAUGGGAUGACAGCACUUAAUCUUUAACUUUUUUACCUCUCAGCUGAUGUAGAUAGAAGUUGGGGAGGGUAAUUUUCAUUUGGAACAUAGCAUGGGGGAGGGGAGGAUUAAUCUCUCCCUCCCCAUUCCCUGUGGUCCAUCUCAAACUUCCAACCCAAGCCUAGAGUUAUUUACAUCCUUUUUAAAAGUACUUGUUAAUAGUGUUCACAUCAGGAAAUGGAGUUUUGCUUGGCCCUCACACUCUGUGUUUUGAUCUUGAUCAGCCUCCCCCAGCUUAGUGCCUUCCAGGUAUUAUGGACUACACCUCCCUUCAGCCCAGCCACUAUGACCAGUGGCCAUGUCCACACCACAGCUUGUUUGUUAAGGGUGCUGGGAAUCAUAGCUCUGUGAGGAGUAAGCUACAGUUCCCAGGAUCCUUUGUGGGGAGCCAUGUGCUUUUCUUGUAUGGUGCAAAUGUUGGCUGGAGGUCACCAGGUUGGGGAUGGCUGAUCUAAAUGAUAUUCAAGGCAGCUUGUUGUUGUUGUUAGAAAUUAUAUACUGCCCUAUAACCAAAGGUAUCAGGGCAGUUCACAUAAAAAUAUCGCAGCAUAUAAAAUAAAAACAAUAACCCAAUAAUACCUCCCCCAAAAGAUCCACAUUUUAAAAGGGUAUGGAUGUUGAUCAGCUUACAGCAGAGUAUGCAAUUCAUACAAAACUCUGAAAGGUUCUUGGUGGUGGGACAUGAUUUUCUGCACUCUGGUACUGCUUCCACCACUGUCCUUAAGUAUCAUGUCAGGAAGCACCAGAUGUGAUGCUUCUCCUCACAGAGGCCAGAUGGAAUGUGCUCUUGGCUCGAUUUUUGUUGGUGGGGUAGCUAAGAGGAGAAAGGUGGUCUCUGAGCCUCUCCCCAGCUCUCUGGUGCUUCUGCCACUUUAAGGGGUCUGUAGAGAGCCCAUUUGUUGCAUUCCCUAGUUUGCACACCCUUCCACUUUUAGUCCCAAUGUUGCUGCAUUAUUGCCCUCUAGAGGGGCAUUUGCAUUUCAACAUUUGUGGUAUAAAAAGUUGAAGGAUUUCAGCAGGAAAUUACGGGACAUGCACUGAUUGGAAAUGUGGUUUUCCACCCUGAAACUUCUUCAGGAACAAACAGUAUUGAAAGCAGGAUGACAUGUAACUGCCCCAUACUAUCAGGAGCACAAGCACUCAUGAAUGCACAAUGAAAAGGACAUAUGGCAUGGCUCUUGGUAUGAUCUUGGUCUCCCGCUUCAUCAUCUCAUGGCUAUUUCCUGAGGAGUUACUUUUGCUAUUAAGAUAAUGAUAUUGUGUGAGCAAUAUCAAAAGGAGCUGGCCAGCUUUUGGGCCUUGGUCUCUUUGUCACUCCAUCAGACCAGUUCUCACAUGCUCCCAAAUCAUCAGCCAGGCAGUCGGCAGCACCCUAAGGAUAUGCUUCUUCACUCUGAAUCCUCUUCAGGUCUUCCUCAGCACCAGAAGCGGAGCAUGGGUGAUAAGUCGCAUUUCAGAAGCUGGCUGGCCCGUUGACAUGGCCUGGACAACUCGCUUUUAUGAGUUAAUUGAAAAGCUGCUUCCAGAAGGCACCGCAUACAAGCUAAUGGCAAAGAAGAUAAAUCGAUGGUUUAACCAUGAGAACUAUGGCUUGAUCCCUGUUAAAAGGUAAUCUUCUGAAUUAAGAAUGUGCAAACAAGAAUGGCCUGCUUACAGAAACUGAAGUUUCUGAGAUUAGCAUUCUUAAGUAGUAAUUAACCUCAAUGGGUGGACAGUAUCUAUUGGGAGGGGGGAUUCAUUUCCCAAUGCAUUUUGAGCAAAUUUCUCUUCUUCACAGUUGUCAAGGCACAUACAUAUUGUCAAGGAGCUCUUGUUUCUAUGAGUUACUUCUACAAAGAAGAUCAUUUUGCUGAAAGCUCACUGUAGCUGCAACAGUGCACAGUAACUAUCUAUACGCUAGAGUGUGAUUCUUGUCAUACGAAGCUUUGCUGGAUUUUCGUGUCUAAGGCAUUGAAGUACCCUUCAGUGCCUUGGACACGAAAAUCCAGCAAAGCUUCAUAUGACAAGAAUGAGCGUUAGAGCCAGUGCGAAAGGAGCACUGGCUUCUUGUAAGCCGUGACAAAGGCAUGCAGAGGACCCAGCCUCCGGCACAGGCCCAGCCUUUCCUCCAACCCCUCAGAAUGAGUCUUUCCCCUCCAUGUUCUCAUGAAGGUACCACAGAGUGCUUACCAGUCCUUUCUUUCCAGCAAGUAUCACUCCAAGGAAAGUCCAACAGUGAGUUGAAGAAUGUAAAGUGCUUCACAAAGCAGGUCCAAGCAGCAGCAUUUAACAAAAAGUGUCAGGCAGUUUUACUAUCAAAAUAUUUAUGGUAACUGGGGAAGGUGGCGGUCUGGCAGCACUUGCCUCUACUAAACCACCAAAUCCCAAAUAGGGAUACCUGCUGUGGUGGAUGACCCUUGCUCCGAAAGGCGGGGCUAAAAUUAAAGGGUCCAGGAACUCAGACCAGAACAAAUUUCAUAAAAUCAUACACACACUUUACAAAAACAAAACUAUACAAGAGAGAAAAACUUCAAAUAAUUACACAGAUAAAAAUGGCUCAGAAGGUAAGAAAACAAGAAACACUAUCUUAUACAGCUAAUUAACACAAACACUUACACUUAAAUCUCAGUAGGCUGAGCAAUGGAACAAGAUGCUGUCAAAAGCCCAAAAAGACACUGACCUCAGCUUGGCUGGCUGCUGAGAGCUCCCACCAAUUCAGGUUUUAUGAGAACUUAUCGACUAUGGGCAUUCACCUCUUCCACCCAGUUGCCUGGCGGCUUCAUCAUAUAUCUUGAGGCGGCAGGUGAAAACAUUAAUCUAUAAUAAUAAUAACAACAACAGUUUACAGUUAGGCCCAAAUUAAAAUAACUGCCAACCCCAACUAAACAUUUAACCAACCCCAACCCAAACAGAGGACCCCAAAUUAAAACUGUUUAAAACAUUUAAAAACAUUUUAGCCAAAUUGCUCCAAUCCAAGUUGUUCCAGCAAUGUCCCUCUGGCUUCCCAGGAGCCUCUUUGAGCUGUUCAGGAUAUGCGUGGGCACCGCCCUCCAGGCCAGGGGGAAAUGGACCUUGCAGCAGGGAGCAGGUCUUUCCACCAUACACACGGCAGCAGCAAUGUCCCUCCGGCUCCCCAUAAACAGGCCUUGGUCUUCAAAUGUGUUUGUGGGGCGCUAUUGGUUUAUUUUGUUUUAUUACAUAUUUUGUAUUCUCAUUUUGUAUUUUUAUGCUGUGAGCCGCCCUGAGAUCUUCAGAUAAAGGGUGAUAUGCAAUUCUAACAAAGAAAUAAAUAAAUUCCAUGUAUCUGCUCCUUCCUCCUCAGAGAUCAGACCCUCCAAGUGUCCAUAUUUCCCGGAGACAUCCCUGAUUUAGAGAAGCCGUCCUGGUUUCUGACUGGGUCCCAGAAUGUCACACUUUUCCUUAGGAUGUCCCUAUUUUUUUGGAUAAAUGUUGGAGGGUAUGAGAGUUUCAACUUGUAGAGGUCAGGGGUAGGGAGGAAACCAGAAGAAUGCUUGUACACACCAACAACAUAUUUAACAGGCAUGCCUAUGAUAUCUCAGUGGCAUAGUAGGAAUUGUCCUUGGUAAAGAGGGACAGCUGGUGGUCACAUAUGGACUAAUGGUGUUUCUUUCCACUUUCCGCUAUUUAGCAAUUCAUGGACAUCUUUAAUUUUGAAUGAUGAGCUGCCUAGCUGUAUCCUUUGUGGAACUGUGACAGUAAAGCCAAAUGUGAAGAGGUUUACGGACACCUCUGCCGUCUUUGAAGAUGAAACAGUAGAAGAGAAUAUAGACACGGUCAUCUUUACAACUGGCUACUCUGCCACAUUUCCCUUCCUGGAAGAGUCUCUGCGUGAUGCUUGCAGGAGCAGCACAUCUCUGUAUAAGCACAUCUUUCCUCCUCACCUAGAAAAGCCCACGUUGGCUUUCGUUGGCUUUAUAGCACUAGCUGGACCCAUUCUGCCAGCAGCGGAACUUCAGGCACGUUGGAUCACAAGGGUAUUUAAUGGUAUGAAUGAAUAAUUUUAUUGUCAUUUUCCAGUUAACACCAAGGGGAAGCACAACAACAUUUAACAAUGAAACAGCAAUUGUAAGAAGGUAUGAAGGAGAGGAAAUGGUUGGCACUCCUCCCACCCUGUGACCUGCUGAUGUGAACAUCAGAUCGGGCACCUCUCCUGCUUUGCAUAAGGAUGGGGUAGACAUAGGAUUAAUUUGAGUAAUUUGGCCUUUAAAUAGUUUCAUGUGUGCGAGAUUAAAAACUAAAACUCCAAUAAGAUCCCUGCUGGGUUGAACCAAGGACUCAUCUGGUCCAACAUCCUGUUUCCACAGUGGCCAACCAGACGCCCACGGGAAGCUCACAGGUAGGACCUGGGUGCAACAGCAACUGGUACAGGGGUAGAGCAUAGAUCAGUCCUUUUCAUCUCCAUGCACAACACUGUCAUCAAAAGUUACAGUAUAUAAGGCUUCAGCAGUUUUUCAAAAGUUAGGUUGCAUUCCUCCUAUAGAACAGAAUUUCUUCAAAGUCUUGUGAAGAGUUUCUAAAAUUUGCUGGACUGGGGUUGGGAGUUGUGGUGGCCAGAAAGGCAUUUUGAAUCCUACCCCCCAUCUAAUUUGUUUGUACUUCUGCAAACCUUGGGUUCCCCUCAGAGCUGCAGACAAUUUUUUUUGCAUGUGUGUGGAUGAUGUCAUAUAUGGACUUUCUGCUACCACAACAUCUAAUUAGGAUUCAUCUCAGAGUUACACAACCAUCCCAGUGUGGACUUUAGAUUCCUCAAGCCUGACAGGCCAUCUCUCACUAAAGGCAACUUGAAUCAAAGCAGCAAGUGUACUUUCCUUUUAUUGGCUGAAAUACAGAAGUUCAUAUUUGUCAUUUUCUUUCUCAUACUCAGGGUCAAGUGAGCUCCCUCCAAUGAGCAGACUGAUCAGUGAAGUUGCUAAAAGGAAGAACGCACUCCUUAAAAAGUAUGAAAUGCUAUAUAUUAUUGUGCAUGUUGUAUGACUGUAAUCAUUCAGGGCUUAUCCACACUUACCUUUUGCUGUGCUUUUUCCACACAAAGGUCCAUGCUUUAAUGCUCUGUGUGCAAGCGUUUUCCUCCCCCCCUCCGAAAACCUGCUCUUUAAAGCUGAAUCAGGGCAAACGUCAAUCUGGGUUUUCCAUGGAUUGCUGUUAGCUCCAAUUGAACUUUAAAGAGCAGGUUUUUGCAGGCCUGGAAAGAGUGGAGGAAAGGCAAGUGGACCACAAAAGUGGUCAUCCCCUUGGUCUUUUAAAAUUGUAGAGCCUCCAAACUAACAUUGCUUUAUUCCAUUGGCCUCUACAUCUAUAACUUUUGAUUUUUGUUGUAUCCAAUUACUAGUUAUUCUACCUUUUAAUGAUAUUCCUACCAUUGCACAAAACCAUGGCCUGCUGUGUUGUUCUUAAGCUGUUCAUGUUUCUCUAUGUCAUAGUCCAUUUUUUGGAUCCAUAACCCAUCAGAGGCAAUAUGCACAUAAUGAACACUUUAACUUGAAAUCUAAGAAUGGCACACCUUAAAACAAUGGCUUGAUUUUGGGAGUGGAGAGAGACUUGUUUGUUUCCCAAUCAACUUUAAUUGCACCACCUGAAUUUGCUGAUAUGUGUCUGAAUAAAAAAACAGCAGCACUCUAGAAGAGCCCUGAGUGGGGGGAAAUAUACAGAACUGAGAAUUUAAUGGCAGAAAAGAAGAAGAUGCCAUAAGCCUGUGGAGUGCUUUGCUCAUGCUUUUGGGAGGUUCAGAGAUGACUUCAAAGAGUAGUGAAGGAUAUCAGGCACCUCCCUCCCCAGAUAUUUGCUGCUACCCCAUUUACCCAUUUUCAGAAACAACAUGCUAAGGUCCCAUACAACAUGGAUUAAAUUUUUAGAAACCUUCAGGUGGUUAAAGAGACCUCCUUCACUUUUUGCUGCUCCUGCUCUGAUUGGCUGCUCUCUAGAAGUUUUUCAUCCAUGAAAAUAGUGCCAUCGUGUGGCUAAAGAAGAGUUUCCACCACACUUGAAUUCCCAGUCUUUGUCCGACCACUGAGCAGAAAAUACAUGGUCAUCAUUAUCAUCCUUGUGCCGGAUUUCGCCAUAAGGAGCAGUAAAUUUUUUGUCAGGAGCAAGAUGAGAAAAACAAGCAGAUUGUACAAAUGGUCGUCCUCUCCUCUCCUCUCCUCUCCUCUCCUUUUUUGAUUCCUUUAUGCUAAAAUGUUAUGGGUGAGAAAUGGGGGAAUGGCAGCAUUAGCCAUAAUUCCAUUAUUCCAUUCCAAGAAACAGGUGACCAGACUUCUCACCUGAACCCAGACGCUGAACCUAAUGCAGUGAACUACAUUUGGCAUCAAACAGGAAGAAGUUCAUUUGCUGUUCAGACAUAUAUCAGAAAGGCAUUCAAGCUGCACCCUCACAAACUGGGCCACUGGGACAGUCUGGGCAGCUCUGUUAAACCUGCCCCAGCCCUUCGCAGUAUACUUCUGAGCAAUAUUCUAAGUACUUGCUUAUGUGACCUGGGACUCACUUACAUUAGUAAAGAUACAGCGAUUUGAAUGUGCUAUAAACACCAGAUGGCACCAGAGAGCAGAAAAUUUUAAAACACGGUUUUCCAUAGAGAUUUCUUUCUUUUGUUAUGAUGAUCUAAUUUCUGACUUACUUAAAGCGUCGUCGUCCCCCGGUUUUCUUAUCAUGGAGGGUUACUACUACCACCACUACUACUAUUACUAAUAAUAAUAAUUUCAUUUCUAUACCGCUUUAUAUUUUAAAGAAAAAAUCUCAAAGUUUAUGCACAUUUAAUACAUUAAAGCAUCAAAUAAAACAAUCCAGAAUAAAACAAAUUCAAGCUUCAAGGAAAAUCUUUCAGAUCCUUCUCCAAGGGACAUUUUGUUUUCCCCGCAUUUAUUUACCUGCUUAAUUUAUAUAGCUGCAUCAUAGCAGAAGCACUGUAGGGAGCCAGUGUGCUGUAGUGGUUAGAGUGUUGGACCUGAGAGGCCAGGAAGCUCCCUGGGUGAGCAGCUGGAAUACUGCAAAACCAAAAGCCAGGAGCUUCAGCAUUGCCCCUACUCUAAUGGGCUUUACUUACCCCACUGAAUUAGAAAAGAAUUCAAUAAACUGGUGGACCUCUGGGUUCCAUUUGAUGCCAGUGUUUUCAUCCUUUUUUGAUUCAAUGAUAUCAGCAGCAUGUCUGAUUAGCUCCAUAGCAUCCUAACAUGAUUACAUUUAGCAGUGGUCUCUGAUUGACUAGGAUAACUAGAGAAGGAAUGAUAAAGAGAGAUAGCAGUCACUGAAGCAACAGCAUAGGCUGAAAAAAACAGCCUUCUAAAAUUGCUAUUUUUGAGACAAAGGUCAAAUUGGAAAAUACUUGGCAUAAUGCUAGGCUGUUGAAAUUUGUUGGUGAGCACCUGGGUUCAAAUCAUUUCCUCAGCCAUCAAGGCAAUGGGCAAGUUGCUCCUCUCAGCCUAACUACUAGAAAAAGUGACAAGUAAGGUUCUCCAGCAUGUUGCCCCCACCUCCAGCCCCCCAUGACACUGGGCCCUGCCUCUUCUGCCCCCAACAUUCCUGUGUUUGGCUCAAAAGUCUAAAAGGGGCUUCUAACCACAUUUGGCUAAAUAGUUAGAAGCCUUUGUGUUACAUUACCCAAGUUCCCAGUUUUGAGUAGGCUUCAAACUGCCUCCAGCCUCCACACUAAACAAGCAAGCAUCAGAGGAGGGGAGAGGGCCUACCUGGUGCGCAGGAUACAAGGGGGCGGAGCUGGUCCAUGCACACACCCCGCCCCCUAUGUAUCUUGAAUGCUCGUGUGAUCAGACUGUGGAGGACUACAGUCACUUCCGCGGGGGGAGGUGGGGCUACAAAACAGGUGAAUUGUGCUUACUGGGCCUUAGAAGCUUGACACUCUUCCCAUUUCUUUUCCACUUAAGGGGUAUUACUGAUAUUUCCAGCAAGAAAGACAAAACCAGGAUGAAAUUCGUCUCCUACAUGGAUGAAAUUGCUGCUUGCCUAGGUGUGAAGCCCAAUGUGCCAUUGCUUUUCCUAUCAGACCCCAAACUAGCCUGGAUGGUUUUCUUUGGCCCCUGCACUUCUUAUCAGUACCGCCUGACUGGACCUGGAAAGUGGAGGGAAGCCAGAGGUGCAAUCCUGACCCAGUGGGACCGAGUUCUAAAGCCCCUGAAGACACGGGUUGUAGAAGACUCUCCCCAACCUGCUACAGUUCCCCACUGGGUUAAAGCCCUUGCCCUGCCCAUAUUUCUGGGGGCCGCCUUGAUCAUUCUUAAAUACCUGCCUCCUGCAUGGCUACCAAGAAGAAAUGGAUGGAGUGUAUUAAGUUCGUUUCAUGUUUAGUGGGCUAAGCAUUGUUCACAAUGCCUGGUCACACCAGUCUUGAAAAAUUACUCAUGACCCAGAGAAGCCAUGUGCAGAGAGUCAGGCACACACACUGGAGCUGUUCUUGUAUUUUGUGGGUCCUGUAGGCUUGGGGAAAUGAUAUUAUAAACUUAGCAUGUAGUUUGACUGGAUAAAUGUGACAUCUUUAUUUUCCAAUUAUUGUUUAAUUGUGAGGGUGAUCUCUGUGUUGUAACAGUGUAGUCAGAGAAUAGUUUACUGCCAUGGUUCCCAACGUGGGGCCCACGCAGGGCCGUAGCUGGGGGGGGGUGAGGUGGGGCCCCGCCAGGGGCGCAGGCGAUGGGGUGUGUGUGCAAAAUAGGCUAAAAAUAUGUCCAUAAAUAUUGAUUAUUGCCUCAUAAGAAAUGGUUUUAAAUAGAGGGUGAAUUGAUUGGGGGGGGGUUGAAGGAGAGGCGGAAAGAAGAGCUAAUUUGUCUGUGGCUAGGGCGCACAAUCUGGACGGUUCUGCCAGGGGUGCAAGAUCACCUACCUACAGCUCUGGGCACACACCCCACAGGGGGGCAAUUUGAUUUUUAUGGGGGGCAAUUUGAGAGUGAGUUAUUAACAGUGAGAGGACGCGGGUGGCGCUGUGGUUUA